AUGGCAGAGGAAGAGUGCGCCGGUCCCUCUGAAAGGCCUACACGUGGCCAAAAGCGUAAGCAACAAAAUUCUAGUUACUGCGGCUUGAGCGAGGACGAUAUCAGGCAAAUUUUAUCCGUUGUGGAUGAGGAUGAUAUCUACCUUAGUGAGGAGGACCCAUUUGAAGACAGCGGCAGCGAAUACUCACCCGAUAAUUUAGAAAGUGAAAGUAUUAGUUCUGAAGUCUCUUCGGUUGACGAAAAUUACGAUACCGAACAAGUUACACAAAAUGAGGAACCAGAAGAUCUGGAAGCUAUUUUGCAGCAAAGUGAAUAG